GGUUGAGCAAGGAGGGGGGGGCAGGAAAGAGGAAAAGGCCUUUUCCGGUGGGAAGGGGAGGCUUAGCUAUUGAAUGGCCAAAGAGACCGACCAACAAGUGGUUCAGGGUUGCAACAGAGGAGAAGAGAAGCCUUGCAGCCGGAUCUCGGGAAGGUUUACUCCCAACCACGUGAGUAAGCAUAUCUUUCCACAGUUGGAAGUAACCCAGGUGAAGGAGAUGGAAGACGAGGACCCAGAAGGACCUGGAAUUGGCAAGAGAUCAAGAAAAGGUCCCCAUCCAAACCAAGCAGGGAGUGGUGUUGAACUUUGGGAAAGAACUGUGUCGGAGACCAUGAUUCAGGACACAAUGACCACAGAUGUACGUAGCCGAUGCUUCCGGCAGUUCUGCUACCAUGAGGCCAGUGGGCCCCGAGAGGUUUGCAGCCAGCUCCAUGGACUUUGCAACCGCUGGCUGGAGCCAGAGAGACACACCAAAAAGCAGAUCCUGGACCUGGUGAUCCUGGAGCAGUUCCUGACUAUCAUGCCCCAGGAAAUGCAGUGCUGGGUCAGGGAAUGUGGGCCGGAGACCAGUUCCCAGGCGGUGGCCCUGGCUGAAGGUUUCCUCCUGAGUCAGGCAGAGGAGAAGAGGCAGGCAGAGCAGAUGUGGGUAACAUCAGUGAAGAUGGAAGCGAACUUCCCUGAGGUGGAGGGAUCUCCUUUGGUGGAAGAGCAGAGGGCUCAGGCCCAGGAGUGUGCCCAAGAUGCCCUCUCACGUGGCUGUGGGCAGGUGGUGUUCACCCAUUGUUUUGGCAGAGGUGUGGAAACAGCUGCAGCACCUCCAGUCCAGCAUCCAUUUUCCUUUGAGGAGGUGGCUGUGUAUUUCAGCGAGGCAGAGUGGGCCCUACUGGAUCCAGACCAAAGAACUCUCUACAGGGAAGUCAUGCUGGAGAACUAUGGGAGCGUGGCCUUUCUGGCAGGGGAUGAUCAGAGGAACGAGGAGGAUAAGGAACUGCAUCAUCUAUCUCCAGAUGAAGUCAGGAAUGAAGACCUGAGAGGAAACUUCAGGAAUCAAGGCAGACCCAAGAGGCAGAAAGGAAUCCACACAUUGCAGAAGAGGGAUGAACCCAUUCCUUGCCAGGGGGGAGAUUUCCAUGAAUUAAUUCAGAUGGUGGAGGAAAUGUACAAGUGCUUGGAGUGUGGAAUGAACUUCUCAGAUCAAACUCAAUAUAAUACCCAUUUGCAAAUGCACAGUGAAAAGAAGAUCCAUCAAUAUCAGGAGUGUGGAGCAGAACUAAUUAGAUAUCUAAGAACUCAUGCAGGAGAGAAACAUUACAGUUUUUCAGACUGUGGCAAGGGUUUCUCAGACCUUAUUAAACACCAAAGCAUUCAUUCAGUAGAGAAGCCAUUGAUCCAUUCAGAGAGUGAAAUUACAUCCUCUGAUGGAAGACAGAGAAGUCGACAUUGCCCAAGGAAUAUUAUAACGAAGGCAUGUAAAUGCUUUCACUGUGGAAGAUAUUUUAAGUACAGAUCACAGCUCCUUGUGCAUCGAAAAAUACACACAGGGGUGAAACCUUUUGCAUGUUCAGAUUGCGGCAAGACAUUCAGUUUCAAUUCCAAUCUACAACAACAUCUAAGAACUCAUACAGGUGAGAAGCCUUUUGAAUGCUCAGAGUGUGGAAAGAAAUUCAUUCAGAGUAACAAUCUUCUACAGCAUCAAACAACCCACACAGGGGAAAAACCUUUUGAAUGCUCAGAGUGUGGAAAGAAAUUUAGUCACAGAUGCAGUUUUCAACAGCACCUGAGAAUCCACAGAGGUGAGAAACCUUUUGAAUGCCCAGAGUGUGGAAAGAGAUUCAGGUUGAGUGGCCAUCUUCAGCUGCAUCAAAGAACUCACACAGGUGAAAGACCUUUUGAAUGUUCAAAGUGUGAAAAGAGAUUCAGGUUGAGUGGCCAUCUUCAGCGGCACCAGAGAACCCACACAGGGGAGAAACCUUCUCAAUGCUCAGAGUGUGGGAAGAGAUUCAGUCAGAGUGGCAAUCUUCAAAAACAUCUAAGAACUCACACAGGGGAGAAACCUAUUGAAUGCACAGAGUGUGGAAAGAGAUUCAGUCAGAGUAACAAUCUUCUACUGCAUCAAAGAACCCACACAGGGGAGAAACCGUUUCAAUGUUCAGAGUGUGGAAAGAGAUUCAGUCAGAGCAGCAACCUUCAACAACAUCUAAGAACUCACACAGCGGAGAAACCUAUUGAAUGCACAGAGUGUGGAAAGAGAUUCAGUCACAGAUAUAGUCUUCAACAGCAUCUGAGAAUCCACACCGGGGAGAAACCUUUUGAAUGUCCAGAGUGUAGAAAGAGAUUCAGCCAUAGUGGUCAUCUUCAGCGGCAUCUAAGAACCCACACAGGGGAGAAACCUUUUGAAUGCUCAGUGUGUGGAAAGAGAUUCAGUCAGAGUGGCCAUCUGCAACUACAUCUAAAAAUUCACACAGGGGAGAAACCGUUUGAAUGCUCAGAGUGUGGGAAGAAAUACAGUCAGAGUUAUGACCUUCAACAGCACCUAAGUAUCCACAGAGGUGAAAAACCUUUUGAAUGUUCAGAGUGUGGGAAAAGAUUCAGUCAAAGUGGUCACCUUCAACGACAUCAAAAAACCCACACAGGGGAAAAACCUUUUGAAUGCUCAGAAUGUGGAAAGAGAUUCAAUCAGAGUGCCCAUCUUCAAUACCAUCAAAGAACCCAUACAGGGGAGAAACCUUUUGAAUGCUCAGAGUGUGGAAAGAGAUUCAGUGAGACAGGUAACCUUCAAAAACACCUACAACUCCACACAGGGGAGAAACCUUUUGCAUGUUUAGAGUGUGGAAAGAGAUUCAGUCGGUUUUGUCAUCUUCAGCGGCAUCAAAGAAUUCACACUGGAGAGAAACCCUUUGAAUGCUCAGAGUGUGGGAAGAGAUUCAGUCAGAGUUAUGACCUUCAAAAGCAUCUAAGAACCCACAGUGGUGAGAAACCUUUUGAAUGCUCAGAGUGUGGAAAGAGAUUCAGUCAAAGUGGCAAUCUCAUGCAGCACAAAAGAACCCACACAGUAGAGAAACUUUUUGAAUGCUCAGAGUGUGGAGUGAAAUUUAGUCAGAGUUGCAGUAUUCUACAGCAUCAAAGAACUAGGGAGAAAUUGUUUGAUCAGAACAUAGUAAGAGAUUCGGUCUGAGUGGCCAUCUUUGCAAGCAAAAGGAGAAACCUUUUGAGUUCUUGGAGGGAUUCAAUCAAAGUGGCAAUGUUGUAUGCAUUGAACCCACAACGGGGGAGAAACUUUUCGAAUGCUCAUAGUGUGAAAAGAGAUUCAGUCUGAAGGACUAUCAGAGAAUCCACAAAUUGAGAAAUGGCCUAGCUUGUGAAAAGGGCUUUUCUCUUAUUUCACAUGAAAAAGUCAGCCAGAGACCACAGAAAUGCUUGAAAUCAUGUAAAAAAUUUUCAAAGUUCUUCUAUCUGCCCAGAAUCAUAACCCUAAAUCUGGAAGAAAUGAUAGAAAUAUUUGGAUUGAGGACAGAACUCAAAUAGGAAAGCAAGAAAGGAUGUGUUCUGAGGGUGGGAGGAGAUUCUUCAAUAACAACCCAUAUCUCCUUAACCGCUGAGGAAUCCACUCAGUGGAGGAACCUCAUAAAUACUAACUGUGUAGCAAGAGUGUGAGGCAGACAUCCAGCUUUCCUGUUUCUUAGAUUAUCACACAAGGGUAAACUUUUCAUGUACUGGGUUCUAGUGAGGCUUUUCUUUGAAUGCCCAGUUAUGAGAGGUUCACAAAUGCUCCAACAAUUGUUAUGCAAAGAAGGGCCUUUUUAGUGGUUGCGCCUCUUCAGUUUAUCUGCCAAGAUAAUUCCUUCUGAAAUCUGCAAAACUGGCAAAAAACAUACCUAUUUUCCAAAUCCUGUGAUGAAAUGGACACAUCAAGGAGAGCAGAUGUCUGUGGAUGAAUUUCAGGGAGUCUGUGAACUUGUAUGGAAAAAAUAUUACAUCUUUAUUUUCACUAACAUGUAACUGAAAUCCAGCAUUUCCUUUGAUUAUUAAUGUAGGCAACAAACCCCAGUAAUAUUAGCAGUACCUAUGACUUUUGUUACCCAGAGAAAUCACGGUUUUUUCAUAUCACAUUACAGUUGUUGCAGAUA